UUGAAAAAAUUUCCCUAUGGUGUCAUAGUAUCAUUGUCACGUACCAUGGCUUGAUAGUUUGUAACACACCAAAAUUGUGAGCCAUGGAUUCCAAUUCAUAAAACCUCAAAGGUUGUGUUGGUUGCACACCAAAUGGCACCAGUUUGGUCUUCAUGCUCAAACCGUUGUCUUCUCGCCGCAACCAAUCUCCACUUCCCCUCUUAUUUCACCGCCGCCAUUUCCAUUGCCACUCCACAACACCCAGAAAAUCAACCAGAAUCCAUUUCAUUUUUCUCCCUAAACAACAAAGAAUCAAUAAUUUCUACCAUAAAAUCUAUUUCCAAUAAGACCCAUUUGCUCCAAAUCCAUGCUCACAUUCUCAGAACAACCCUCAUUCAAGACGCUGCAGUUUCUCAUCACUUCUUAUGCCGUGUAGCUCUCUCUGGCCCAUUGCAAAACCCCACUUAUUCUCAUCGUUUCUUUCAACAAAUCAGUAAUCCCUUUGUUUCCCAUUAUAACACCAUGAUCAGAGCUUAUUCUUUCAGCGACUCACCUCAAAAGGCUCUUUUUUUAUACCAAGAUAUGAGAAGAAGAGGCAUUGCUGCUAACCCUUUAACGUCUUCUUUUGUUGUUAAGUCGUGUAUCAAGUUUCUGUAUCUUCUUGGAGGUGUUCAGGUUCAUUGCAAUAUCUUCAAAGAUGGGCAUCAAUCAGAUAGCCUUUUGCUUACUGCUCUCAUGGAUUUGUAUUCACAAUGUCAGAAAUAUGAUGAUGCGUGUAAGGUGUUCGAUGAGAUGCCUCAGAAGGAUACUGUUGCUUGGAAUGUGAUGAUCUCUUGUUUUAUUCGUAAUAAUCGGACACGGGAUGCAUUGAGCUUGUUUGAUGUUAUGCAGAUGGAAAAGUAUGAAUGUGUGCCUGAUGAUGUUACUUGUUUACUUCUUCUUCAAGCGUGUGCUCGUUUGAAUGCGUUGGAGUUCGGUGAACGGAUUCAUAGUUAUAUUAUGGUACAUGGUUAUGGAGGUGCUCUUAAUUUGUCCAAUUCUCUUAUAUCAAUGUAUUCGCGGUGUGGUUGUUUAGAUAAGGCUUAUGAUGUGUUUAUGGGAAUGAAGAACAAAAAUGUGGUUUCAUGGAGUGCAAUGAUAUCUGGUUUGGCAGUGAAUGGAUAUGGGAGAAAAGCUAUUGAAGCAUUUGAAGAGAUGCAGAGAAAUGGUAUUCAGCCUGAUGAUCAUACAUUCACGGGUGUCCUUUCUGCUUGCAGUCAUUCUGGAUUGUUAGAUGAGGGGGUGUCGUUUUUUGACAGAAUGAUCUCGGAGUUUGGAAUAACUCCAGCCAUCCACCAUUAUGGUUGCAUGGUUGAUCUCUUGGGACGUGCUGGCUUACUUGAUAAGGCCUACCAGCUUAUUACGUCCAUGGAGGGAAAGCCAGAUUCCACAGUGUUGAGAACCCUGCUUGGAGCUUGCAGAAUUCAUGGUCAUGUUACACUCGGGGAACAAGUAAUUGAACAUUUGAUUGAAUUGAAAGCUCAGGAAGCUGGAGAUUAUGUUUUACUUCUGAAUCUUUAUUCAUCAGCUGGACACUGGGAAAAGGUAGCAGAAGUGAGAAAACUAAUGAGAGAAAAAUCAAUCCAAACUACACCUGGUUGUUGCACAAUUGAACUGAAAGGAGCUGUACACGAGUUUGUUGUGGAUGAUAAUUCACAUUCAAGAAAAGUUGAAAUUUAUAACACACUGGAUGAGAUUAAUAAGCAGCUGAAGAUAGCUGGUUAUGUUGUUGAACUUUCAUCUGAACUACAUAAGAUAGAUGACAAAGAAAAGGGGUAUGCACUCUCUUAUCAUAGUGAAAAACUGGCCAUUGCUUUUGGGGUUCUUGUUACUCCACAAGGCACAACAUUAAGAGUGGCCUCUAAUCUCCGGAUAUGCGUUGAUUGCCACAAUUUUCUGAAACUUUUUUCUGCGGUUUAUAACCGUGAUGUAAUUCUCAGAGACCAUAAGCGGUUUCACCGCUUCCGGAGAGGGCAUUGCUCCUGUAAUGACUAUUGGUAGAGAGAUGAAGAGUUAGUAAUUGAUUGGGAAGAGCAGCCACAAAAAAUCGGUGAAGGCUAGCUCGCCAUUGACUUUAUUCAAAGUCUUUUACUUCACAGUACCCUGCUGCAGUUAGCCUGCGACAGAGGGCCAUAGCUUGCUCUCUGUGAAACUGUAGAUUGAUCUUGUUCGUCGUGUACAUGAGAUUGAACAUCUGCCGAGCACCGAGGGCCUAAAUGAGAGACAUGAAAAGGGGUCAAUAAUAUCUCUACGGUGCAGCUGAGAAAUUUGGUGGUUGUAUUCUUUGAGAAAUUUUGUUUCUACCGAGGGAGAUCUAUUUUUGGGUUAGUACAAAAAUACUGAGCAAGUGUCAUUUGAUUUGACAAAAGACAAGGAAGGUUUGUCAUGUGUGGUACCUAAGAGGAUUUUGUUCAUCAUAUGCUUAUUUGAUUGUCAUCAAUUUCUGAGUGUUUAGUUUUUGUGAAGUCCGUAUAUGACUUCACAUUACAAUGUCAAAUGACAUGUUGUCAACUUUAGUUAUAGAAGAGCAACAAAAAUGAUACUUCACAGUUCACACACAAAUUUAAAAAUUAACUUCGACAGUAAUUUGAUUGAUUAACACAAUUUCAAUACGUGGUUAAUCACAAGUUAAAGUCAACAUAAUAUUAUGUGACAAAUUCUGAUUGUUUUUCUGCAACACGAAAUUUCUCUUAUUUUCUACCUUAUUAUCCAUCCUUUUUGUUUCCUUGUCGUUCUCUUCUUCCUUGCACCACUCACCCCAUGAAAAAUGUUAAGUUAAUUAAAGUGAAAAUAUAGCACCAUCAUUGAAUCACGAAUCAAGAAAUAAAAAAGUUUGUAUUUCGAAUCUAAUUUGUUGAAGUUGGCAUUAGAGUAAUCUAUCUAAUCUAAUAUUCCUCUAGAAACUCUAAUUUGUUAGCUGCAGCAAAUUUGGGUCAGCAUAGCAUUUGAAUCCAUCUCUAGGCGUUGAUGAGUGAAUGGUGAAUUGUAUGUUCAACCAGGCCAACAGUUUAUAAAAUGUGUGCGUAUGCGUGCGAGUGUACAAGAGGGAAAGCAUAGAUUCUAAAAGAUUAAAAACACAAACUGGUCCAAUGGCCGUAUUAUUCAAAAUGCAACGUUUACAUUUUCCCAAUUCUAGUAGACUGUAGUACAUGAUAGUAACAGUCUAUUAAGAUUUCCGAUCAAAACUAAAGCUCAAUAUAGAGAACAGAAAUGGAAGCCCCCUCCCGUUCUACUAACAAA